AUGGAAGAAAGGAUUACUCGGGCUGCGGCUGCCAAGUUAAUGAAAAAAGAUUUUCUUGAAGCUCUAAAAUCAAAUGACUACAAAAUGCUGGAAGAUCUUUUGAUACAAAAGCAAAUAGAUGUGGACACAGUGUUCGAAGUGGAAGAUGAGAACCUGAUUUUGGCAUCAUACAAGCAAGGAUAUUGGCUGCCUAGUUAUAAGUUAAAAUCAUCUUGGGCCACUGGACUGCAUAUAUCAACCCUAUAUGGACAUCUGGAGAGCCUCAUGGUACUGUUAGAUCACAAAGCGGCCGUCAACUACAAGCCAAAUGGGAAAGCUGCUAUCCACGUGGCAUGUGAUGUGGCAAAUGUUGAGUGUCUCAUGAUCCUGUGCAACCACGGAGCUAACAUUAACUGCUUUUCACUGAGCGGCCACGCACCCUUACACUUCUGUACCACAAAGGCCUCUGUACCUUGUGCCCAGCAGCUCAUUUGGAGAGGAGCAAAUGUGAACAUCACAACAAACAAUCAGGAUGAAGAGACUCCCCUGCACACAGCUGCACGUUUUGGCAUCCCUGAACUGGUGGCAUUUUAUGUGGACCAAGGAGCAAAUGUUGAUGCUGUCAAUGCCCACAUGGAAACUCCACUGGCCAGUGCAGCUUACUGGGCCCUUCGCUUUAAAGAGCAGGUGUACAGCAUGGAACACCACCUAAUCUGUAGGAUGCUGUUAGACUAUAAAGCUGAAGUUAAUUCUCGAGAUGAAGAUUUCAAAUCACCACUCCACAAGGCUGCCUGGAACUGUGACCAUGUGCUGAUGCAUGUAUUGCUUGAGGCUGGGGCUGAAGCAAACCUGAUGGACAUCAAUGGCUGUGCCCCCAUACAAUAUGUUCUGAAAGUGACAUCCGUGCGGCCAGCUGCCCAGUCUGAAAUCUGCUACCAACUUUUACUUAAUCAUGGAGCAGCUAGAAUAUAUCCUCCACAGUUCCACAAGGUGUUGCAGGCCUGUCAUUCCCACCCAAAAGCCAUUGAGAUUGUCAUUAAUUCAUACGAACACAUCAAGUCAACAUCAAAGUGGAGAGCAGCUGUACCUGAUGACGUCUUUGAGAGGCACAGAGAUUUCUACGACUCUCUGUUCACCGUGUGCAGUAAUUCACCACGGUCGCUCCUGCAUUUAUCUAGAUGUGCUAUUAGACGAUUAUUGUUCAAAAGAUGCCACAAAGGAGUCCCUUCACUUUCCAUUCCACCUCCACUGAAGAAGUACUUGCUAUUAGAACCCGAAGGAAUAAUUUAUUAAGCCUUAGCAGAGCAGACUCAGUGAUCUGAUAGGACCUGCAAUCUCUGGGUCUGCACGCAUGUGGAGGGAAUUACCAUCAGGGAGUUUUCACUAGGGAGACUCAGAGUUCUUGGCAAAAUUCUUAUGCAAAGAAGGAUCUGGUUUCAUAAAUAUCAAUGCCGAACUCUCUCUCCAUUAUAUAUACUGAUCCUUUGUUCAAUCUAGUUUUAAAUGAACUGAACCAAGUGCAACUUCCACCACUUUACUUAGAUAGCGAUUCCACUGUCUAUUAGGUAUCACUGUUGAGAAUGUUUUCCAGAUAUCCAACACAAAGUGCCGUUGAUAUUGUUUCAAUUUAAUUUUCUUCAACCAUCAUCUCAGGAAGAAGAAAACAGGAUAGUGUCAGAAAAAUAUCUUUCUCAUUAGAGUCAGCUACACCUUUCCUCAGAAAUAAAAAGAUCAAAGGGCUUUGAAUGAGGCCCAUAGACUGAGUUACUGUAUUUUAAGAAGUUUUCCUAUCGAUUGCCACUGAAUUGGAUGUUAGUUUAUUAUAUGCUGCAUUGCAUCAUAUCAUAUAAUGUUUUGUCAUUCACUGUAAUUGCAUCACUGUGCAAGUGGAGCAA